AUGGCAUGCCUUGAUGAUAUCCGAAAUAGAGACAAGAUAUCGGAGCGAUAUGGAGGAUAUAUGGGACUGGGUGUCGUAUCCUUACCUGAAAGAAGAUCAAGUGGCAUAGCAUACGUAUGCCUGAGGAAGAGAGCGAUUAUGAUCCGACAACACCCCUACCACCUACCCCCAAUAUCAGCUAAUGAUGAGUCGUAUGAAUAUGGAGAGGAGCAGGAUCAUCCUGAUGAAGAGUUCGGUCGAAUAUCCACAACUAGUUCACCGUACCCAAAUUCUACUUCCCACCAGGAUCAUGAGGAGACUCGGGAGGAGGACCCUACUAUGUCAGAGUGA